UCGGUGCGGGGCAGAGCGGGGCAGAGCGGGGCAGGCCCCACCCCGGGGCGGUCCCGGGAGCCCGGGAGCAGAGCAGGAAGCGGGAGUCGGCGGUGGUGGCGGCGGCGGGGCCCGUGGGCUGGGAGCGGGGCUGUGGGGCCGGGGCCAUGCGGUGCCCCGGCCCCACCGGGCGCGCCCCGGGACUGCUGCUGCUGCUGCUGCUGCUGCUGGCGGCGGGCGGGCGCGGGGCUCCCGGCGACGCCGUGAUCUGCUCGCAGGGCCUCGCCUGCCGCCUGCUCGACUCCGACGUGCUGUGCGGGACGGAGCCCGCGGCGCCGGGCCCGGGGCUGACGCUGCUGGGGCUGCGGCUGGAGCCGGAGGUGCGCUGCGUGGGGCCGGACCGCUGCUCGCCGUGCUUGCAGGCCCGGCUGCGCCUGGGCCUCGAGCCCGAGGAAGGCGGCGGUGACGCGGGGACGGCCGCCUCGCCCCGGCGCGACGUCACCGCGCUGCUGCUGCUCUCCGGCCACGGGUACGCCUCGUCCCGCUGCGUGGCCGUGGAGGUCCGCGCGUCCUCCGCGAUGCCCGGCCGGCGCCUGGGCUCCGUGCGGUUCUGCUGCUUCGAGGCACCGCUGGGCUCCGAGCUGCACGUCACUGCCUACAGCGGCGCACGCGGCCGCCGCCGGCUGAGCCAGACACAGCGGCUGCCAGACUGCUCGUGGCCCGCUGCCCGAGCUGCCAUCCCGCAGUGCCAAGUGCCCAGGCUGCAGGUGUCCCCGGGGCUGACGGCGGUGCUGGUGGAGGUGCGGGUGGCCACAGUGGAGCUCAACUACACCCUGCGGCUCUACCACAACCACAGCCAUGGCACCGGCGGGUCGGGACGCGCGGUGACGGCGAGCGGGCCCAUGAACUACAGCGUGCCACUGGAGGAGGUGCUGCCCUGCCUCUGCCUGCAGGUCUGGCCAGAGAUCCAGGACCCGCUGCGGGCCACCCUGUGCCCCUUCUCCCAUGAUGUGGCGGCGUGGGAGCGGCUGUGGCUGCAGACCCAGCUGGUGCUGCAUGAUGUGGGGCAGACAUUCACCUGCUCCAUCUCUGCACCCUGCGACCUCCCGGCAGAGCUGGUGCCCUGCUGGAGCCCGGCACCUACUGCGCCGUGCCAAGCCCUGCCCAGCCUGCGGCAGCCUGUCACUGGGCAGGGACCACAGGAGUUCCAAGCGCUGCAGCCACACCCCAAUCUCUGUGUGCAGGUGAGGAGCAGCGGGAGGGUCCGGCUGACACAGUGCCUGCGGGACCGUGAGCACCCAGCAGUGCUGCCCGGCCGUGCAGACGAUGUCCUGUUGAUGGAGCCUGGAGGGAACGCAUCACUCUGCGCCCUGCAGCGGGGCAGCUGCACGCCGCUCUCCAGCUUCACUGCCGUGCUGUACCCCCAGCAGGGGGCCGGCCGCCCGGGGCUGCUGGAGCAGCAGUUGCAGGAGGAUGUGGCAUCGGGGCAGUGUAUGCAGCUCUGGCGUCCUGAAAAUGGCAGCGGGGUCACACUGUGGGCUUGUCCCAUGCACAAGUACAUACGUGCCCGCUGGGCGCUGGCCUGGCUGGGAGCGCUGGUGUGUGCCGCCUGCAUCCUGCUGCUGCUGCUGCUGAAGAAGGAGGAUGUGAAGGGUUGGCUCAAGUCCCUGCGCGCUGGCUGUGGUUCCAAGGCCCCGCUACGGGGACGCCGCGCACUCCUCCUGCAUGCAGCAGAGCCGGUGGCAGAGCGUGCAGCCUGUGUGCUGGCGGCAGCCCUGCGCCCAAUGGGGAUGGCGGUGGUGGCCGCGCCGGGCGGUGGCAGUGGGGUGGCAGCGUGGGGGCCGCUGCCGUGGCUGCAUGCGCUGCACCGGAGAGCGCUGCGGGACGGGGAUACCAUCGUCCUCCUCCUGUCCCCGGCGGCUGAGGCUGCUGCCAGGCGGUGGGAGGAUGCGGCCGGGGACGUGUCGAGGGCGGGGGACGCUUCCAGUGGCCCCAGUCCCCUGCACGACCCCGGCAGUGAGGUGGAACCGUGCGAAGCCUUCGCCGCAGCCCUGUCCUGUGCCAUCCCGGUGCUGUCCGCGGGCGCCGGGCGCUACGUGGUGGCCCGUUUGGAGCCCACGGUGACAUCGGUGCCCCAAGUGCUGCGGGCAGCCCCGGCCUUUGUGCUUCCCAGCGAGGCCGUGGGCUUCCUGCAGGCGCUGGCGGGGCGGCGUGGCUGCCGGCUGGAGCCCCACGCUGCCGCGGUGGCCGAGAGGCUGCGGAGGGCGCUGGGGGAAUAAAGAGCGAUGCGGCCCGAA